AUGCCUCUCGACGAAGAAGGCGCCAAGUGGUCUUGGUAUGACAAUAGUAUAUCGAUUUCAAAUGUACCCAGACUAACCGAUCCCAGUGAACCAUGCAUUCGAGGCCACCGGUCGUCAAAAUGUCAACACUUUGAUAGACUCAUGAUGAAGGUUCCCAAGGCUGGGCGUCCACUUGCCAAAUGCCCUCAUCCGAAGGGGACCUGUAGCUGCCAGAAGACAUAUGCCGUGAUGGUUCGCAUUCCGAAGGGUUCGUCUUGCCUGUGUCGGCCACUUUAUGAGGUUCCCAUGGAUGGUAAUGAACCCGCUCGAUCUCCCACAUCAUCGACGCCUUCAGCUUCGUCACCGGCUCCUGGGAAAGUGCAAAAGUCCGGAAGGAGACAGAGCACCAUGCAAGCAGCGCCACAGAACAUUGCGCGAGCAUUAGACAGCAUGCCAGAUAGCCUGAAAAGCGAGGAAGGAACGCCCCGACUUUUGUCAAGUCGCCCCUUGCAGUCUGAGCUUGAUGCCUCGAGUAAUCCCUCGGCCUUUUUGAAGCCUACCCAAGCGUCAUCGCCCCUAGAACCCGCCAGGGACAGCUCGCAAUCUCCUCCGGUAUCGAGCUGUUGUUCUCAAAAGCCGAAGGCGCCUACCCCAGCACCAGCACCAUCCCAGGCUCCUGCCAAUGUCUCUCACUCUCAACCAGCCCAAAAUGGAGGUUCCUGCUGCAGCUCUCGCCCUCCCGCAGCAAAUCAACCCAGCCAUCAAGACUCCAACAAGAAGGACUUCCAGCACUCUAAUACUUGGAGCAAUGAACCCUACAUGCACCUGCCUGAGUCCCAGGUGAAUCCAUGGCAAAACCAACCAACCCAUUCGCAUGGAGGCUAUAUGCAACCCCCGAUGGGCCGGGCACAACCCCAACAACAUUUCUCUCAGAACGGAUAUUUGCAAAUGUUGCCAUCCCACUCUCCACAAAUUUUAACUUCGCCACCGUCUAUGGGCUAUCACAACUCCAUGAAUGGCCUGGGCAUCACUCAACCCUCACUGGACCCGUUUAGGCUAAACCAGCCCCAGUCUUCAUUUGUUGCCCCGCCGAGCGGUGACCCCUGCCACGAAUGUAGUUGCGGAGAAGACUGCCAAUGUCUGGGAUGUGCAUCCCACCCCUUCAAUACCACAACCCGAAAGCAUGUGCAAGAGAUGGGUGCAAUGAUCACGUUCAAUGGUGAUGAGACAAACUCGGAUGCUAUGAAUCCAUACCAGCCCGCGCCUUUCCAAGCCGGACCACCGUCAAACGGGUUCCCUUAUCUCAUGAGAAAUGGGCCGUCUCUGGACCACGGCUUCCAGCCGCACUCAUACAAUGGUUAUUCAGAUCCCAAUUCAGCUUUACCCAACGGCUACUCCUCGCUGGCGACAAACCACCAUAUGAACCAACAGCUGAUGCACCCCUCGGAAUAUUACACCUUGGAAUAUCCUGUUGGGCUCCCAAGCGCCUGCUCCGAUGUGACAGGCAGCUGCCAGUGUGGGAACGAUUGCAGCUGUGUUGGAUGCCUCACCCAUAGCGGCCACAGCGGCCUCUCUUUGGACAUGGCUGCUCCCGAACAACCCGUUUCUGAAACCGCGGCACUGCAGAACGCGCAUCACACUCAACAUCCCAUUUCCACCUCUCGGCAUCCAAUGCUCGACGGCUUGUCUGUCCCAUGCUUAAGCCCGCGCACCUUGGAGACUUCUAUGAUUUAG